UCCAGUUUGUUGUGCGCAGCGAGGCGCUUUGGUUCGUUGUUCCGCGGCCGUCCCGCAGUUCGGCGUUCAUCUGCCACCGAGUGUAAAACCUUGGCAAGAGUAUAAGUGAAGAAGAUGGCCGACAUUGCGGAGCCCUCUUCGUCCGCGGACGCCACCCUGACGCCCAAGCAGCGCAUGGCCGAGCGUAUGCGCCGUCUGCGCGAGCUGCACACGCGCCGUAAUGAGGCCCAGAAGCUGAACCACCAGGAAGUGGUGGAGGAGGACCGCCGCCAGAACCAGCCCAAGAACUGGGAGCGUCGCCAGGAGUGGGCUGAGCUCAAGCUGGAGGAGGCUGAACAGCGUGACGCGGCCCAGAAGGAGGGAAAGGACUAUGACCGACAGAGAAACAUGGACGUGUCGGCCGAGGACGCGCUGAAAUGGGACCGCCGCAAGCGCAAACACUACAACCCCGAUCCGGGCUUCUCGAACUUUGAGGCGUCCGACCGCCAGUACGACCGGCUGGUGAAGAACAUCAAGCCGGACAUGGAGCAGUACGAGGCGAAGCGACAGGCGAUGGGCGACGCCUUCUACGCCGGCGCCGGCUCCAUCGUCCACGGUCAUCACAAGGACACCAAGGAGGCCGUGGACCGCCUGGCCGAUGACGUCGAGAGACAGAUCGAGAAGAGAGAAAAAUUCAGUCGUCGCCGCGUGCACGAUGACGAGGCCGACAUCGACUACAUCAACGAGAGGAACAUGAAGUUCAACAAGAAGCUGGAGCGUUUCUACGGCCAGUACACGCAGGAGAUCAAGCAGAACCUCGAGCGAGGGACGGCUGUGUAGUGCUUGCGUCCCAAAUACUGUCGGCUUCCACCAGUAUCCCCUCCAACGUUGGCUUUGGCUGGCAAGCGUCCGGUGGCAUUGCUGCGCCGCGCCACGCCGCGCCCGCCGCUGGGCGCCGGUACCGACGAGCGGUGUGGGGCCGGCGUGUCGGCGCAGUCGCUCUCAUCUCCGUUGUGCGGCGGCGGGACCGCAGCGGUCGUGUGUCCGCCAUGCGGUGUGUGGUGUGCGGCGACGGUGGGGGAGCUCACCGCCCGAUCGGUAUAUCUGCGCGGGCCGCGGAGCGUCUCUGCUCGCUCCAGGUCGCAGGGGGUGCGGGAGCGGGCAGGUGCUGAACCGCCACCUCCUGACCCUGAUGACUGGUGACCGUAAGCUGCGGCUGCCGCAGGUCACAGCAGCGUCUGAAUCUGCUGUGGUCUGCCCGAAAUACACGUGAAGCGCGUGUGAAAUCCCACGCGAUCGCCGCUCGCAUUUUUAUAUGCUAGUAUUGUAUCGAGUAAAGCCUCGCCUGCGGCGCUUACCCAUUAUCCUGCUCGGCAUGCUUGGUAGGGGUGUCAACGAGACCACUGUAGAAAUACCCGAUGUCGUGUUUUUCGAAAACGUGCACUCCGUUGGUGACAUUGAGAACGUCAUGAGUUUGUCGUAUGCGAAAAUUUUACUUUCAAUUGUGCCGUGUAGGAAUCUUAACCGUACGUGUGAUA